AUGCUUCUUCUUUUCACACUUCUGCUAUCUAAUGUACCAUUGUCAUUGGCAUCACUGCCAACGGCUGAAGCCAAAAAUAUUCAAAGUCCCCUUGAAAACAUAGCCAAGCCAGGCUGCAAAACACGAUGUGGGAAUUUGACGGUUCCAUAUCCUUUUGGUAUCGGUGUGGGUUCAGGUUGUUCACUGGACAAGACGUUUGACAUGACCUGCAACUCAACUUACAACCCCCCAAGGCUAUUCAUUAAAACAGGAAACAUACAAAUAUCCAAAAUUUCAGGUUUUGAAAUGUGGUCUACUGAUAUUUCUGUUACUUUCAGAUGCUACAACGAAUCUGGAGGCGUGACAAGUAACAAUAGCGGGUGGACUAACUUAAGGACGACGCCUUUUGUCUUUUCCCAAAAGAAUAAGUUCACGGUCGUUGGGUGUGAUGAUGUCGCCCUAAUCACAGGGGCAGAUCGGAAUGGGGGUAACUUCUCUACUAGCUGUUACGGAUUAUGUAACAAGCCUGCAGAUGUCCUUAAUGGGACUUGCUCAGGAAUCGGUUGUUGUCAGGCAUCUAUACCAAGGGGUCUCAAAAGAUAUGCUUCUGACACUCUUUCCUUAACAAACCAUACAGGAGUCUUUGAAUUUAAUCGUUGUGGUUUUGCAUUUCUUGGUGAGGAAACGAGUUUUCAGUUUCGUGGUGUAGAUGAUCUGUCUAAUGCAACCGAGUUUUAUUCUAGGAUAUCAUCCGAUGUUCCGACUGUGUUAGAGUGGGUAAUUGAAAGCAACCAGAGCUGUGUCGAGGCCAAUGUGUGCAAAGGAAACAGCUCGUGUACUGAGAUAGAUUUUGGUGGAUAUCGUUGCAGCUGCAAUAAAGGUUACCAGGGGAAUCCUUAUCUUGAUCCAGGCUGCCAUGAUAUCAAUGAGUGUGAUGUUAAUAGCAACAUCUCCUGUUAUGGGGUUUGCAUCAACACAGAAGGGAGUUACACUUGUAAAUGUUUGCCAGGAUACACGGGUAAUGCAGAUACACAAGAUGGUUGUCAACCUAAUAAUUCUAAUGGCUCAAAAUUUCCGGUGAUGGUAUUUACAUUAGCUCUGGUAUUUGGCUUGGUGGCUAUACUGUCUGGAUUGAUCGGGAUUUUCUUUGGCCUAAGGAAAAGGAAACUAAUCAAACUACGAGAAAAGUUCUUUGAGAAAAACGGCGGUGUGUUUUUGAAACAAAAGCUCAAUACACCAGGGACUAGUGAUUCAGUGACUAUGUUUACUGCAGAACAGCUUCGGACAGCUACUGACAACUACUCUGAGAAGCAAAUUGUGGGGUGUGGUGGUUAUGGUGUAGUGUAUAAAGGAAUAUUGCCUGAUAAGCGUGUCGUUGCAGUAAAGAAAUCUAAACUAGUAGAUGGGACACAAGCAGAACAAUUUAUCAAUGAAGUCUUGAUCCUCACACAAGUCAUUCAUAGAAAUGUUGUCAAGCUUUUAGGAUGUUGCUUGGAAGAGGAGGUCCCAGUACUUGUCUAUGAGUUCAUCUCUAACAAUACUCUUUUCUAUCACAUCCAUCAUAGAUCGGGUGGAACGAGUUGGUUAUCAUGGGAGAAUCGGUUAAGAGUUGCUAUUGAAGCUGCAAGUGCGCUUGGAUACCUUCAUUCACAAGCCGGCAUGCCUAUCAUACAUAGAGAUGUCAAAUCUACAAAUAUAUUACUAGAUGAAAACUACACCACCAAAAUUUCUGAUUUUGGUGCUUCGAGGUUAGUCCCCUUGGAUCAUGAUCAAGUCACUACUCUAGUUCAAGGUACACUAGGGUACCUUGAUCCUGAAUACUUUCACACGAGCCAAUUAACCGAUAAGAGUGAUGUAUAUAGCUUUGGAGUAGUCCUUGCGGAACUCAUAACCGGGCAAAAGCCACUUUCCGCUGAUAGAACUAAUGAAGAAAAGAAUUUAGCAACAUACUUUGUCAAGGCGGUGAAGGAAAGCCGCCUAUUUGAAAUUGUUGAACCACGAGUUUUACGCGAAGGAACCCUUGAACAAUUACAAGUAAUGGGUGAUCUAGUAAAGAGAUGUCUUAGUUUACAUGGCAAUGAUAGACCAACUAUGAAAGAAGUGGCAAUGGAAUUAGAGGGCUUAAAAAGGUUCAAGACUCAUCAAUGGAGCCAAAACCAUACACAUGAGGAGGCUAGAAGCUUGAUCCUAGAAGUCGAGCCAUCUGAUCUUUAUGAUGUCCCAUUGAUUCCAUAUAGUAUUAGUGACUGGGGAUCUUACUCCAGUACUAGUAUGACAUUUCAAGAAAGCAAACCGCGUUAA